GCUAGCUGCUGGGGGCCAGGAGGUGGAAGGGGGCGGCUGGACCUCUCUGGGGUCACCUGGGGUCGCCCAGCUACUUCGAGUAGGGCAAGACGCAAAACUUGAGCUGAUUCUUUCCCUCCCGGCUUGGGUCCCCAGAUCAGAUACCAGCCCCCCUUCUUUGCACCUGGCAAGCGUGCAGACCGGUCCGCAGCGGCUAGGCUCGUCCACCCUGCAACCCCCAUGGGCUACCGCCCUCCGCCACCUCGGCUGCCACCCAGGACAAGGCAGGGGUAAGCACAGGACCACGUGGCCGCUAUGUCUGGGGACUACGAAGAUGACCUCUGUCGGCGGGCCCUCAUCCUGGUCUCAGACCUCUGUGCACGGGUCCGAGAUGCUGAUACCAAUGAUAGGUGCCAAGAGUUCAACGAACUGCGAAUCAGAGGCUAUCCCCGGGGUCCAGAUGCAGACAUUUCCGUGAGCCUGCUGUCGGUCAUCGUGACGUUCUGUGGCAUCGUUCUCCUGGGUGUCUCUCUCUUUGUGUCCUGGAAGUUGUGCUGGGUGCCCUGGCGGGACAAAGGAGGCUCGGCCGUGGGCGGCCCCCUGCGCAAAGAUCUAGCCCCUGGAGUUGGGCUGGCAGGCCUGGUAGGAGGUGGUGGGCAUCACCUGGGAGCCGGCCUUGGAGGCCACCCCCUGCUGGGUGGCCCACACCAUCAUGCACACACAGCCCACCACCCACCCUUUGCCGAGCUGCUGGAACCAGGUGGCCUUGGGGGUGCUGAGCCUCCGGAACCUUCCUAUCUGGACAUGGACUCAUAUCCAGAGGCUGCUGUGGCCUCUGUGGUAGCCGCUGGGGUCAAACCAAGCCAGACAUCCCCAGAGCUGCCUUCUGAGGGGGGGACAGGCUCUGGGCUGCUCCUGCUGCCCCCCAGUGGUGGGGGCUUGCCCAGUGCCCAGUCUCAUCAGCAGGUCACAAGUCUAGCACCCACCACCAGGUACCCAGCCCUGCCCCGGCCCCUCACCCAGCAGACCCUGACCACCCAAGCAGACCCAAGCAGCGAGGAACGGCCACCUGCACUGCCCUUACCCUUGCCAGGCGGCGAAGAAAAAGCCAAGCUCAUCGGUCAGAUCAAGCCAGAACUGUACCAGGGCACUGGACCUGGUGGCCGGCGAGGCGGCGGGGGCUCUGGGGAGGCAGGGGCACCCUGUGGCCGCAUCAGUUUUGCCCUGCGGUAUCUCUAUGGUUCUGACCAGCUCGUGGUGCGGAUCCUGCAGGCCCUGGACCUCCCAGCAAAGGACUCCAAUGGGUUCUCAGACCCCUACGUCAAGAUUUACCUGCUGCCUGAUCGCAAAAAGAAGUUUCAGACCAAGGUGCACAGGAAGACACUGAACCCUGUCUUCAACGAGACAUUCCAGUUCUCGGUGCCUCUGGCCGAGCUGGCACAGCGCAAGCUGCAUUUCAGCGUCUAUGACUUUGACCGUUUCUCGCGGCAUGAUCUCAUUGGCCAGGUGGUUUUGGACAACCUUCUGGAGCUGGCUGAGCAGCCCCCUGACCGCCCACUCUGGAGGGACAUCCUGGAAGGUGGCUCGGAAAAGGCAGAUCUCGGGGAGCUCAACUUCUCACUCUGCUACCUCCCCACGGCUGGACGCCUCACCGUGACCAUCAUCAAAGCCUCUAACCUCAAAGCAAUGGACCUCACUGGUUUCUCAGACCCCUACGUGAAAGCCUCUCUGAUCAGUGAGGGGCGACGUCUGAAGAAACGGAAGACCUCCAUUAAGAAGAACACGCUGAACCCCACAUACAAUGAGGCCCUGGUGUUCGACGUGGCUCCCGAGAGUGUGGAGAAUGUGGGACUCAGCAUCGCAGUGGUGGACUAUGAUUGCAUUGGCCACAACGAGGUGAUUGGUGUGUGUCGGGUGGGUCCGGAGGCUGCAGACCCACACGGCAGAGAGCACUGGGCGGAGAUGCUGGCUAACCCUCGCAAGCCUGUGGAGCACUGGCACCAGCUAGUGGAGGAGAAGACUCUGACCAGUUUCACGAAAGGUGGCAAAGGACUCUCAGAGAAAGAGAACUCAGAGUGA